AUGACGAUCAAAAACUGUGCUUCUAAUUUCCAUGAAGUUUUUGAAGCCUUUGAGAGAAGGAACUCGAAUCAACUGUUUCAAAACUGUGUAGAAGUGCAGAAAGUUGUUGACUGCCUGUCUGUUCCCCGCUGUCCCGGUGACCUUCUUACUACGUUCCGUUCGCUCUUGAUUACAACAGCGAGUUUGAUGAAACAAAGCGGUUUGUGUCCAAGCUUGAAUUAUGCUGGGUUAAAGCGAUACAUAACAGGUAAUACAAUGAUUUGUCAUAAAAACGGCCCAUGGUUUGAUGAAUGUGAACGUCAAUGUUUGUGUUACAAUGGCGAACUUUUAUUCUGUCAUCGGAUCAGAAAAGACUUUACAGCUAUGACCCUCGAGGAACGAAGGAGAUUCACAAACGUUCUCAAAACCGCUGCGACAAACCCUAUUUACAAAGAUGAGUACAGAAGGAUCUGCAAUGUUCAUGCACGGAUGCCGACCAAACUACUCCAUCACAUGCCUCAGAUCUUUCUACCCUGGCACAGAUGGUAUUUGCUGGAGUUUGAAAACAUCCUUCGUCAAGUUGACUGUAGGGUUACAGUUCCCUAUUGGGACUGGAGUAAGGACGAAAAACACUGGGCCCGAGAAACGGAGGCAAACGAUGUUUGGAAUCUAGGUCCUCACGGUUUGGGGGGUGACGGUACUUUGUCUGAUGAUUGUGUCAGAGACGGGCCUUUUAAGAAAGAUGCUUUCUUUAUACCUGAAGAUAUUGGACAAGGCUGUUUACAAAGACGUUUUAACAUUUCAUGUUUCCUUCCAGGCGAAGACGUGAUUCAAAAAAUAACAAAGGAUGCAAAUUUUACUGCGUUUGAAAAGUUUGUUCGGGAAAAAGUGCAUCCUGCUUUUCACGACUGUGUUGGUGGCCAUAUGUUAAAACAUCACUCGGCUUCGUUCUCUCCGGAGUUCUGGAUUCAUCACAGCUUCAUAGAUAAACUCUGGGCAGAUUGGCAGAUGAACGGAGCCAGUCACACGUUUGAGUAUUUCAUCAACAUAACCUUUGAGAUGCCUUUGAGCGGACGGUUUUCAUGGGAACUGUUAGAUAAUCAUAACUUACCCGGUGGAGUUAAAAUCCUCUAUGAGAAUCCAGGGGAUUCCACUCUUAAUUCAAGGCUGAACAGUUUUGUUUAAAAGUUACACACCUUUGUGGCUGUGUCUGAUUGAUGUGAUAAGUUUCAAGUUUACCAUGAAGAAAAUGGACUUGUUAUCUCAGAGGGAAAGAUAUAUUUUCGCUUGUUGUCAUGGA